AUGAAGCUUUUCACGGGCCUCGUCUUCUGCUCCUUGGUCCUGGGUGUCAGCAGCGAAUGGUAUUCGUUCUUUAGCGAGGCUGCUCAAGGGGCUUGGGACAUGUGGAGAGCCUACUCUGACAUGAGAGAAGCCAAUUACAUAGGUGCAGACAAAUACUUCCACGCCCGGGGGAACUAUGAUGCCGCACAGAGGGGACCUGGGGGCGCUUGGGCGGCCAAAGUGAUCAGCGACGCCAGAGAGAAUUCUCAGAGAGUCACAGACUUUUUCAGGCACGGAAGCAGCGGCCACGGAGCAGAGGACUCGAAGGCUGACCAGGCCGCCAAUGAAUGGGGCCGGAGCGGCAAAGACCCCAACCACUUUCGACCUGCUGGCCUGCCUAGCAAGUACUGAGCUUCCUCUUUGCUCUGCACUCA